GCUGCCUGCCUGAAUACAGUCUACAGCAGAGUGCAACGAGUUACCACAGACAGACAGAGAGCAGACUGGCUGGUUGGACCAGUGCGUUUCCGAUACAACACUGCAUCGUUGUUUCAGAGCAGAGAGAAGGCAGAUUAUAACACAGGUACCUACUGGUGUUCGCAGAUAGAGAGGCAGAAAUGUUGGUCAAAUUUGCAAUAGCGCUGCUGGUUUUGUCAGUUUUGGAGCAAGUGGUGGGAUUGGAUAAUAUCGAUGUUCAUGACAACCCGUCAGAGAAACCGGCCAGCCAGAAAGGACGUAUGUCUCUGCAGAACACAGCUGAGAUCCAGCACUGUCUGGUGAGUGCAGGAGACGUGGGCUGUGGUGUGUUUGAGUGUUUUGAGAACAACUCUUGUGAGAUCAGAGGCCUGCAGGAGAUCUGUCUGACCUUCCUACACAACGCCGGAAAGUUUGAUUCCCAGGUAAGGCACUCUAGACACAACCUGUGUUCUGCAGCCAAGGAGAACGUUGCUGUCAUGGUGGAGAUGAUCCACUUCCAGGACCUCUUCCCUAAAGGGCCGUAUGUGGAGCUGGUCAACAUUCUACUGAGCUGUGGGGAGGAGGUGAAGGAGGCCUUAACCAGGAGCGUCCGGCUGCAGUGUGAGCAGAACUGGGGGGCUCUCUGUGACAGCCUGAGUGUCUGCUCUUCCCUCACCCCYCCUCCCGGYCAGGCYCCCKCCUCCCCCGACCACCGCCGCCACGGGUCCCCCCACUCUGAGCCAGACCACCCCCGACCCCCCCGACAGGGGGACAAGGACAAGUCCAGUAAAGGAGGCUUCAAUGUCCACCCCCGCAGCCGCAGCCAGGGUCCCCGCCGACAGAGCCCCGAGGCUGGGGUGGUGGCGGAGCAGGAAGACCCUGAGGCCACAGACAUCCGGAGGUGAAAGAGACAUUGGACCCUAACUAUCCAGAGCCCUCCCUGACCGUGUCACCAUCAUAGCCCCCUCCCCCCACACACACACACACAUACACACACACAGACAUACACACACACAGACAUACACAUAGG